AUGGGUGAAUGCUAUCUCUACAGGCUCCCCAACGAGUUACUUCUCCACCUCCUUACGCCCAUACCAACGCCCGAACUCCUACAAUUGACCACGAUAUCGCACCGCAUAUACACGCUCAUCCUACGUAUUCUCCAUAAUCGGCUCACUGCAGCUGCCGAGCUACAUUCGCACUCGGUGCUUCUCGAAUGUUUCCAUCCCUCUGCGAAGCUCACCGAGCCCCCGUACUUCUGUACAUACCGAUGCACCGAUGGCUUGAAGAGUUACGAUGAUUACAACUCUGCUACAAAGGAGGUUGGCAGACUGGCCGAAUACAACAACAUGUACUCGCGCUUCAAGCCCCAUAGGCGCGAUUUGGAAGCGGAUGGCAGGAGAGUGAAGCGCCGACCUGGAGACGUACCUGGCAGUCGUACCUUUCCGGGGGCAGUACAGGAGAGAUACGAAGGCGAGACCGUGAGACAGACACUUGGGUUAGAGGCGCAUGAAUUGUUCACGCAGCUGGUUGCGCAGACGAAUCUUGUCAAGAUCGGUUCUCACAAUCUCUUCACCAACUUUGUUGACAUUGAAGAAGGUGUACUCCGAGUGUGGAGAGAUUGGCUGCGAGACAUUGCGGCGAGGGGCUUGACGGCGAAUACGGAGGUGCCAAAUGAGGUUGUUGAGGAGGUAGGUAAGGGCAAAGAGAUCGUCGUAAGAGAGGUGGAGGACGAGAAAGCAGACUUGGACGAUCCGUGCAUCCUAUGGGUUAGUCCGAGGAAGGACAGCGGCAUACGUUUCAAUGUCAGGGAACGGAAGCUUCGGAGGGACGCUCCGAUCCUCAUCAGCACAGAUGAGGAUAUGCCAGUUACGUAUGAAAUUGAGUACGACGAGCUCCUCAUAAGAACGUCGCAUCUCCUCUUAAUGCUCGAAAGGUCCAUGUCACAGGAGGAUAAUUCAUCUGGUAAAGCGGUUGUCUUCGGAUCUUUCGGAUAA